AUGGCGGCGGCAACGAUGAGCGGGGCAUGGAGCUAUGCCGUGCCGCUGGGAGAGGCGGAGGACAAUGCUGGGCCCACCGUACCGCGGCGGGACACGCUGGACAACAGCGGUCGGGGGCGGGAUCACAGCACCGGCGGCAUUGGUAUGAGCAGGAGCGGAGCACCGCCGUCGUUGCAGAAGCGACCGAGUGCCUGGGAUCUUCAAUCCGACAGCGAACAGGCCAGACAGCGCCGCACAUCACUGCGUCAGUCCAACACGCAGGUAAUGCGGAAGCGUUCCAAGCCCGCGCUGCGAGCGAAGCAGGACGAUGCCAAAGCUGCAGUCCCUCGGGUAGACGACUCCAAGUGGAUCCACCGAGACAAACUGGCCCAGAUCGAGAUCAAGGAACUGCAGGAAGCUGGCUUCUAUGUUCGCCCGUCAAGACGCUCGAUGAGCGCUGGCCCUGCACGAGACCGCUCGAGUAGCCGCUCGCGAGGACGGCAGAGCAGCCUCRAGCAACAGUGGCAGAUUGACAACGAUGAGGACUACGCCGCCGCAUAUCCCGCCCACAACGAGYCUCCACGUAAGAUGUCCACCGUGCUCUCAGCCGACGGCGAGAACGGCAUCGACAACGACAAUGACGACGACGAGGAUGACGAUGGACCUCGAGCUCCGGUAUUGCAGCGACCUGAGACCUACGAUCCAUAUCGAGAUUCACGCUUCCAAUCGCUCGAGCAAGCAUCGUCUGAGCCGCACAAACAGCAUGCUGGCCGGCCGAGCACUUCUCGCAUACCAAUAUCGCGGGCGAGUCCAGCACCCGUGUCGCAAGCGAUGGUCGAUCGAGACUCACCUCUACCGCGCAGUAGGGCAGGCAGCCAAACUUGGAACGGCAGCUUCGACGAGAUGCAAUAUGCCCGCAAGACUCGCAAUGGCAGCGUCGGUAGCCAGGCACUGCUAGAGCAAAGCAAGGACACCCAGGGUGUUCCGGAUGAGACCUCGCCGCCCAAGGCUCGGGUGCCCAAGAAGACUACGCCCAACAGUCGGAAGCCGUCCACGGGCAGCGCGCCAGCACCACAGCGUCCAGGCUCUUCUCAUCUGAGACAGCAACAAACCCCCUCGUCGUCGCUGUCCAAGRGGAGUGCAAGCUCAAGCCACAAGUCCCGACCAUCUACCAGCCAGAUGCAUGCUCCCGAAGGGGAAGCACCGUGGAUAGCAAGCAUGUAUAAGCCAGAUCCUCGACUGCCGCCCGAUCAGCAAAUGUUGCCCACACAUGCCAAGCGCAUGAUGCAAGAGCAGUGGGAAAAGGAAGGCCAUACGGGCACCGCCUACGACCGGGAAUUGCGGUUGUUGAACAACGACGAGUUCCAAAAGCCAAAGUCAUCUGCACACCCUGCCGAGGCGGAACCUUUUGCACGAAGUGCGAGCGCAUCUCCCACGAAGCAGUCAAGGCCGUCUCCCCACGGUUCCCAACAUGGCAACUCAUGGGAGGGCAAGGGCGAUGUGUCCCGGCCUCCGACCAGCGGCGGCUACAGGAUUACCCCGACUAUACCAGACACGCCGACCAUGGAGCGCUUUGCUCCAACCUAUCCUUCACAUUCCUCGCCAGCUCCGGCGCCUGAACUCAAUCCUCCGGUUCCGAUCCCCGAUCUCAGCGAAAAGCAAGAAGCAAAGCCCAAAAGAGGCUGCUGCUGUGUGGUCAUGUGA